UCAGUAUCUGUUCUCUCCAUUCUCCAGUUUUGGGCAUAGGCUAUCAGAGCUGUGUUGGGAUUCAUUCCAUGUGGGAUGGAAUUUGGGUCUUGCAUUGGAGGUUUCAGCAGGGUAGGAAAUUGGUCCCCAUUAGUUACCUUGUCUGCAGCCAUCUGGUAAAAUGGAGCAUCACUGGAGCCUACAGAAACCAGGUUUUCCCUCCUGUGAUGAAUGGAAGGCACUCAGUCUUUAGGAUGUUUUUUCCUUGGAAAUAUGUGCCUAACUUCCUUACCUCCAAAGUACAUUUGCAACACCAACUGUAGCUCUCAUUAAUGAUUUUUUGUUCAUGGGAAUCUAGAUGCAACAAAUGAACAUUAUAGGAUAAGAAUACCAUUUAUUCCUGUUGCCCAACCCUGAAAUCUCUUACUACUGUGGAACCUGAGGCUUAGUGCAAAUCUGGUGACCUGCCCACAACACCCUAGCUCAUUAAUGGAAGAGUUGGUGUGAGAAUACAGUUCUACCUUACCACUCUCUUGUCCAUACCAUGUGCAUUAGUUUAUGUCCUUAAGUUCAAUAUUACCAUUUAGAGUCAUGGCUUUACACCUAAGGGAAAUGUUACUAAAUAUCCAAAGCUUAGUGUUUUAUUCACACACGAAACCUCAUGUUGCAGAAAGCUAAACAAAUUUCAUUUAUUAGCCAAAAAAGCACUUUGUUUCACAACUUCUGAAAUUUUUUCUUGUAAAAUUAUGAUUUAAGGGCCAUUCUGAAUUAAAACCUUAAUGUAUUUUAAAGGAAACCUGUGAUUGAUUGUAUAUUUCCUCCUUUUUGCAGCAGCAAGAUGAAGAACACUACUCGUUUAAUUGUAUCAGCCUUUGCAUUCAGAGUAUUUGGAAUCCUGCUCAUCUUUGUGGACAUAUUUCUCAUCAUGUCAGAUGUAAUUUUCAAUGAUAACAAAAUAGUUUUCGAAUGCCAUUCAAUUUCUUUGGCUAUUGCAUUAUUUUUUUUCUUUGAUGUUCUACUCAGAGUGUAUGUUGAGGGGAGGAAGACAUAUUUUACUGAUCUAUUUAACAUCUUAGAUGCUGUCAUUAUUGCAAUAACUCUCUUGAUCGAUACCAUUUACUUCUUUUUUGACCUAAGAUUUCUGAAAGACGUACCAAGGGUGGCCGUUCUGCUUCGACCUCUACGCCUUAUAAUUUUGGUAAGAGUUUUCCAUCUGGCUUACCAAAACAGACAACUCCAAAAGCUGACCAGAAGACUGGUUUCAGAAAACAAAAGGCGAUACAGGAGAGAUGGAUUUGACCUAGAUCUCACUUACAUAACUGAUCGCAUUAUCGCCAUGUCAUUUCCAUCUUCUGGAAAGCAGUCUUUCUACAGGAAUCCAAUUAAGGAAGUUGUGAGGUUCCUGGAUACCAAACAUCGAAACCAUUACCGAGUCUACAAUCUAUGCAGUGAAAGAGCUUAUAAUCCUGAACAUUUUCAUAACAGAGUCCAAAGAAUCAUGAUUGAUGAUCAUAAUGUCCCUACUCUCAGCGAGAUGGUGGUAUUCUCCAAAGAAGUAAAUAUGUGGCUGGCUCAAGACAAGAAGAACGUAGUAGUGAUUCACUGCAAAGGCGGCAAAGGAAGAACUGGGACAAUGGUCUGUGCUUGCCUCAUUGGUAAUCAGAUCUUUGGUACUGCAAAGGAAAGUCUUGCUUAUUUUGCAAGUCGACGUACUGAUCACACCAUCAGUAGUAAAUUCCAAGGAAUUGAAACUCCCUCCCAAAGUAGAUAUGUUGGAUAUUUUGAGAAUGUGAAAAAUCUCUGCAACUGGACUCUCCCGCCAAAAAAAAUCCUCACGCCAUACAAAAUUAUCAUUUAUUCAAUUCAUAAUGUUGGAAAAGGCGAUGGAAGUGACCUAAAAAUUCAAAUAACUACAAAACAACAGACAGUCUUUUCAUGUUCAUCUUCUAAAAACUGCAAGAUAUUUCACGAUGUCGAAACUGACAAAGUCAUUAUUGAAUUGUUGAACUGUCCAAUCCUAUAUGACGACGUUAAAGUCAGAUUUCUCUCUCGGAAUCUCCCCAAAUACUACGACAACUGUGCAUUCUUCUUUUGGUUCAAUACAGCUUUCAUACAAAAUAACAGGCUGUAUUUAAGACGAAAUGAAUUGGACAACCCACACAAACGAAAAGCCUGGAAAAUUUACAGUUCAUGUUUCUCAGUUGAGAUGUACUUCAAUCAGACCUAAGGCAGCUCCGGAGACGCCUGGGGGCACCACCUGGCUACGUCACCACCCAACACACUGGCUCCCAUUCCGUCCACCCUACAGGACUCACACAUCAGAACCAGCAAACAAGAACCCGAGCCGCGGGCCCUGCGGCCUCUUCCGGAAUCCCG